GUUCGACUUCGUCUACGUACCCAUCAAGCGCGCCGAGGCAGAGGGCGUGGGGUACGGGUUCGUGAAUCUGACCUCUCCAGAGCGGGCGGAGAAGUUCAUGCUUGCCUGGGAGGGCUUUGACGACUGGCCAUCGGCAUCCUCCCAGAAGGCGUGCUGCGUGCAGAGGAGCAUGUACCAGGGCCUGAAGGAGAACAUCCACCGCUAUCGAAACAGUCCGUUCAUGAGGGAUGACGUGCCUGCGUUCUACAAGCCGGUCCUUUUGAAGGGCGGCGUGCGGGUCCCGUUCCCAAGGCCCACCAAGCCGCUGCGCACGAUGAGGCAGCGCGGCGCACGGAACGAGCAGCUUGAGGGACAGGAGGGCGAGCAUUGA